AUGACAAGUUGGAUUGGCAGCACCAAACUGAUUCUGUUUGCUAAUCCUAUAAAAGUCUGGAGUAUAAAAGAAGUGGCAUUUGUGCCCAACUGGCACUUAGUUCAAAGCUCAGGACUUAACAAGAAAGUCACUGACAAGACCAACAUAGUCACCACUAGCCGGGCCGCGGCCUCUCCCGGCCGGGCCAGGAAGGCGCGCAGCGGGGGCCUCCCGGGCAGUCUCCGCAGGUUGCGUAGCAUCCUGGCCCCCAGCGAGCAUAGCCGGCUGAGCUCCAACUCCCAGGCCGGGGCUUCAGCGUCAGCGGGCCAGCCUUGCCUCCCCGGGGGUUCCUUGGGCGGCGAGCAUGUGCAGAAGAGGCCAGGGUUCCGAGGAGCCGCGCAUCCCUGCCUUGCCUGCCGCCUCCCCUCCUCCUCCUCCUCCUCCUCCCUUUGCCAUCCCCGCUCCCCUUGCCAUGCCGUGAAGAGCGAGCACCCAGCGAGACCUCGCCCGCCCGCCAGCCCUGCUGAUCUGCCUCCGAUGUUUUCUUGCUUCUGCUUCAGCCUCCAGAACCAUUCCUUCAACAGCCCGGCUGCUUUGCCCGAGUGUGGCGAAGAGACAGAGUCUGUACAUGAAGACCAAGCAGCCAGUUCUAUUCAAAGAGAUGAAAACAAGGAAAACUACCCAGACAAAACUAUAGUCUUAGAGGAAAACCAGGCAGUGUUCCAAGAUACACAGACACCCUGUGAUGGCACAUUAAGGGUUGGAAUGGGGAACUUAAAAUCCCGAAAACCCACAUCUAUUUCAAAAACAGAAAAUGGGAAAAACCAUGAAGAAAGUCAGGACAUGGGAAAUGCAUUGCCCUGGCUCUCUGACUGUCAAAGGAAGACAGGAACUCCUGCUAAUGAUUACCCAGAGAAUGUGGCAUUCAGAUACCAGGAAACAGUCAUCAAAUUUCAACCCAGGACAGACCAGAGUGCAUUCAUUUCACCAAAUGAUCCUACUGAACAUUUGCAGAACUUCACUGAGGAAGAAAGCUCUCAGCUGCCGGCUUUGAAGGAUCCCAUCACUUCCUCCAUCCCAACCAGUGCACAAGUCGAUGGGGACAAUUGCGGAGAGCCCGGACUGGUCAUCAGAGAGGGCCAGGGAGAUGCGGACAGUGGACACGAAGAGCAUCAAUCCUUAGGGACUAGCAGACUGCUAUAUCACAUUACUGAUGGAGAUAAUCCUCUGCUGUCUCCUCGGUGCUCUAUCUUUAGCCAAAGUCAGAGAUUUAAUCUGGACCCUGAAUCGGCCCCUUCCCCACCAAGUGCUCAACUCUUCAUGAUGCCAAGAAGUUCUUCUAGAGGUAGCUGUGAGGAUUGCAAAGAGCCGCAGACAGUAGCACAACUCACAAAACACCUUCAGAGUCUGAAGAGGAAAAUCAGGAAAUAUGAAGAAAAGUUUGAGCAAGAAAAGAAUUAUCGGCCUUCGUAUGCUGACAAAAUAGGAAAUCCAGAAGUAAUGAAAUGGAUGAAUGACUUGGCCAAAAGUCGAAGACAGCUUAAAGAGCUGAAGCUCAAGAUGUCAGAGGAACAAAGCUGCCCCCUCAAAACACCUCAAAGGAGCCUUCAUCAGGAGAGCGCCAAAGAGACUGUGAAGCAGGAUGCAGCAGGAGCUCCCUCGAGCCCGUCGCUAGAAGAAACCAGGGAGGCUGUGAUUAAACGAUUGACAGAAACACGACAACAACUCAGUAUCCCUGAGAACAUUAAGGCUAUGACAAAAAGGCAAAUGGCUUUGGAAAAACUCAGUCUCCAGAAAAGCCUACUCUAUUUUGAAAGUAUUCAUGGACGACCUGUAAACAAGCAGGACAAGAGUUUGAUGAAGCCCCUUUAUGAAAGAUAUCGAAUGAUCAAGCAGCUUCUAUCAACACCAUCUUUGAUUACAACCAUUGAGGAGGAAGAUUCUGAUGAAGAUCAUUCCCAGGGUAGCUACAAAUUAUCCUCUGCUAUGUCCCUCAAUCUGCCUACUGAUGAACACCUAUGCCAUUCAGACGAUGAACGUGAGCCCUCCUUUGUUUCACCGCUGGAUGAAAAGAAAGCCGUCAAGCAGCCUGUUAUCUCAAUGUCCAACUUACAUGAGGCCACAAUGCCUGUGCUGUUGGAACAUCUACGGGAAACAAGAGCUGACAAGAAGAGGCUAAGAAAGGUUUUACGAGAAUUUGAGGAACAAUUCUUUAAACAAACAGGGAGGAGUCCCCAAAAGGAAGAUCGUAUCCCGAUGACAGAAGAGUAUUUGGAGUACAAGCACAUCAAAGCCAAGCUCCGGCUGCUAGAGGUUCUUAUUAGCAAGCAUGAUGUCUCAAAAACCAUCUGAAACUCCAGUGGUCUGAGAUAGUCAAACUUCCUGAUGGUUGGAGAUGAUGAGAAAGAGAGAAAAGGAAAAAAUUACACGUCUGGUUCUUUCUGCACAAUGGGUUCGUCACCUUGAAAUUCUGAUGCACUUUAUUAAUGUUGCACUGCUGCAGAUGAGCGCAUGUGAGAGAUGGGUGUGAGAAUUCAGGAGGAAGGAGUGACUGGAGGACUAGUUCUUCUCUGUGAAUCAUGUCCUAUUUCUGGACCUGGAAUUCAUUUUGACAGGUUUCCCUAAUUAGCCAAAGGAAGGUAGCCGUAGGCACAUGUAGCAGGCUGAGUUGGGCGGAGAGUGAUCACGUGCUUCCCCUCAAAGCUCUGCUGGAAUGUAUUUUUAGGCAGAUGAUGUUACUUUGGCAACCAUACUUAAAAUAUUGGGUGGGCAAUUCAAUUCUUAAUAUAUAUUUCCCUCUCCAUUUGUAUAGCCACACUACCCAAAGGGGAAUAUUGUGCACACUACUGUUGGAUGCGAAAUACUGUUGUCAAUCAUAACCAGAGUAGAGCCAUUGAAUCGGUUAGAUUUACCUAUAUGUUGACUCACUGUUCAGCAGCUGAUUCAACAAGCAUACAGUACAACUCCCUUUAUUCAUAGAUUCAAUAUCUAGAGCAAGGGUCCUCAAACUAAGGCCCAAGGGCCGGAUACGGCCCCCAAGGUCAUUUACCCGACCCUUGCUCAAGGUCAACCUAAGUCUGAAAUGACUUGAAAGCACACAGCAACAACAAUUCUAUCUCAUCAGCCAAAAGCAUCCCAUUGAAAUACUAUAAUAAUAAUAUUUAUUUAUUUGAUCAGUCAUAUGACCAUUUCAAAAUAGAAAUACUAAUAAAUUUAUAUUUCAUAGAAUCAUAGAACUGGAAGAGACCUCAUGGGCCAUCCAGUCCAACCCCCUGCCAAGAAGCAGGAAAAUGGCAUUCAAA